AUGUCGUUCGGCGGCCAAACACCCACCAUCAUCGUCCUAAAGGAGGGCACCGAUAGCUCCCAAGGAAAGGGACAGAUUGUGUCCAACAUCAAUGCUUGCCAGGCUGUUCAAGCGACCAUCAAGUCGACCCUCGGUCCGUAUGGUGGUGAUCUGUUGAUGGUGGAUGAGAACGGCAGGCAGACCAUCACCAACGAUGGCGCCACGGUAAUGAAGUUGCUCGACAUUGUACACCCCGCCGCGCGAAUCCUCGUCGACAUUGCAAGAUCACAAGACGCCGAAGUUGGGGAUGGAACUACAUCAGUGGUUGUGCUAGCGGGAGAGAUCUUGAAGGAGGUCAAGGAGCAUGUCGAACAAGGCGUGAGCUCUCAGAUCAUCAUUAAGGCAUUGCGCAGGGCGUCCACCAUGGCUGUCAACAAGAUCAAGGAGAUGGCUGUCAGAACAGAAGAGUCCAGUCGACGGGAAACCCUCUGCAAGCUGGCCGGGACUGCUAUGACGAGCAAGUUGAUCAAGAGAAAUACCGAAUUUUUCACUCAGAUGGUUGUGGAUGCCGUCCUGUCGCUGGACCAAGACGACCUCAACGAGAAGCUUAUCGGCAUCAAGAAGAUACCAGGUGGAUCUCUUACCGACUGCCUCUUCGUCAACGGUGUGGCUUUCAAGAAGACGUUCUCCUAUGCUGGAUUUGAGCAGCAACCGAAAUCAUUCACGAAACCCAAGAUCCUCUGUUUGAACGUCGAGCUAGAGUUGAAGGCAGAGAAGGACAACGCGGAAGUGCGGAUCGAGCAAGUAUCCGAAUACCAGGCGAUAGUCGAUGCCGAGUGGCAAAUCAUCUUCAAGAAGCUGGAGGCUGCAUACAAGACGGGCGCAAAGGUCGUGCUCUCCAAGCUGCCUAUUGGUGACCUGGCAACACAAUUCUUCGCCGACAGAGAUGUCUUCUGCGCUGGCCGCGUCGCAUCGGAAGACAUGGAGCGAGUGGUCCAGGCGACAGGUGCCACUGUUCAGUCAACAUGCUCAGAUAUCUUGCCACACCAUCUCGGCACAGUUGGUAGCUUCGAGGAGCGACAGAUUGGUGGCGAGCGCUUCAACUUUUUCGAGGACUGUCCCGAGGCCAAGACCUGCACUCUUGUCCUGAGAGGUGGUGCUGAGCAGUUCAUUGCCGAGGUGGAACGCUCCCUUCAUGACGCCAUUAUGAUCGUCAAGCGUGCGAUCAAGAACCACAUGAUUGUGGGAGGUGGUGGUGCCUGCGAGAUGGAGAUAUCCGCCUAUCUGCACCGCUUUGCAGACAGCAAGAUCACGCACAAGCAGCAGGGUGUCAUCAAGUCAUUUGCGAAAGCCCUCGAGGUCAUCCCACGUCAAUUGUGCGACAAUGCCGGCUUCGACGCGACAGAUAUCCUGAACAAGCUGCGUGUCGAGCAUCGCAAGGGCCACGUCUGGGCAGGUGUCGACUUCACGAACGAGGGCGUUGCCGACAUGAUGGAAAGAUUCGUAUGGGAACCGGCCCUGGUCAAGAUCAACGCCAUCCAAGCCGCGACAGAGGCAAGCUGCCUCAUCCUUGGCGUAGACGAGACGAUCCGCAACGAGGAGAGCGCGCAGCCGCAGGCGCCUGGUCAGCAGCUCCCCCCUGGAGCAGCGCAGCGGGCGUUGAGAGGACGCGGAAGAGGAAUGCCUCGGCGGUAA